AUGUUUCCAAACAUUGUCAUUUUUGGAGCGUUACUUCUUUGCUGCACCUUGCAGGCAGCGGUCAACGGUGCCGAGUACGACACCAAGUACGACAACGUGGACCUGGACGAGAUCUUCCGCAGUACCCGACUGCUAAACAACUACAUGAACUGUCUGAAAAAGCUCGGCCCGUGCACUCCGGAAGGCAAGGAACUAAAAGAGAAUCUUCCGGAUGCCCUAGCCAACGAUUGCGCAAAGUGCUCGGACAAGCAAAAGGCCGGCGCCAGCAAGGUGAUCCACUUUAUCGUUGAAAACCGGCGGGACGACUUUGGUGCCCUCGAAAAGCUGUACGACCCGUCGGGAGAGUUCCGCAGGAAGUACCUGGACGAGCAGAUGCACUUCCGGCUACACCGUGAGGAAGGCGGUUCAGCUGCUGCGGAGGAGAAAUCGCCGGCAAGUGAGAGUGAAGCCACGACUGAGGAAGCUGCUGCGGCCGCUCAAGAUCACGGUCAAUCGGCCGAGGGUCGUCGAUAAAUGAUGCGUCGGAUGGGUUAAAGACGCGUUAUAAAAUAAUGAUCAUCAUUACGGGUGGGGGACGUUUGGGGUAAAGUGGACUUCAGUGCGUGCUAGCGUCUUCUUCUUCGAAUAAAGUAAUGAACUCAGCGCGA